CCAAGAAUCCUUCGUGGCGCAUCAUGCAGUUCUCCCGUCAGCCGCCCCCAAACAAAACGCAGUUGAUGGCAGAGGAUUGUUGCGCCGCUGCCACAGGUGCUAUAAAACGUACCAUCGGCGGCAAGAGACCGUCUUCGCGUUCAAGUGUCAGAUCAUCCUUGUUCCAGCCGCAGGAUCUGGAUUAUUCCGACGAGUCCAGAUGCAUAUUCGAAGGAUUAUUGUUGUGUUGUUAUAUUGUAUAACAGUUCUUCUUACUGCUGUGAAAGCGUACUCGGACAAAAGAAUACCUGAAAAGUUCAAAUCAAUGGUACGAUACGGAAGAUCCAGUAAAAGUUCCAGCAAUGAACGCGACACCAAACCUAUUAAUGUUCGCAGGGGUGAUGCCUUUUUGGUUGGCACAAGAUUUGGCAAAAGAUCGUCAUGGAAUCCCAACGCUUCCCUGGUGUAUUCAGUAUCUGCGUCGCCUUUUCAAAAACACGAGCCCUUAUCUUGCACAUGGGUUGGACUCUCGAAUUUCUACAAAUGUAGAUCAAG